CACCACUCUUAUCAGCAGUGCUGUGAUGACAAUCCAGCAACCAAGCACCUAGCUUUCCAUACAUGGCUUAUCAGUCGAGCUGACACUGCAGCAACCAAGCACCAAGCUUUCCGUACCUAAUCAAUUGGCAGUAAUCAGGUUGCAGCUUCGCGGCUGAAUAAGGAUUGAGAAGGUUUCGGCGAGUUGCUCAAGCGCGUGGAGUAGAACAGCGGCAUUCUGGAGGAAUUGCCAUAAGUGUGUCCGGUCAUGCUAAGCUGCGACGGAAGUCUUUUGAAAAGAAGCGACGGUUUUGGAGCACCGAGCGGUGCGGCGAAAGAAACUUUCUGGCAGACAACGGGACAUGGGGAAACGCGAGGAGGAGAGGAGGCGGAGGAGGGGGAGAAAGGCUAGCGAGUCAUCAACGUCGUACGCGAUGCAGCGGCUGCUCUCGAGGAAUUAUAUGGCGGUGCACGCCGAUGAGGACAUCCUGUCCCUCUACCACUCCUCUCUGCUGUACGGCGAGGUGCCUCUCACCAGUCGCAUGCGGGCCGUGUUCACCUCGGGCCACGUCAGCAUCCUCAUCGCUGCUGCUGAGUUUGUUGCUUCCUGUGUGGGCGCGGUGUACUACCUCAUAGGGACCAGGGAGACGAUGCAGCAGAAGAUGGUAUGGAACGCGGGCUGUCUCGCAGUCGCCACCUUCUUCAUCCUCGUCUUCCUGCUGCGCCUCUACAGGCAAGCCCCUUCCUCCGCCGAAUUUACAGGCAAGUUUCAAAGCAACGCACGACACAUGGUCACAUGCAUGCCAUAUACAGACUUAUGUCCCCCCCCGUCAGAGCUCACCCCGCUCUCCAUACUCCCUCGACCGUCUCUCAUCCCCCCCUCCCUUCCUUCCACUGUGCAUGCGCCCGUGAGGUGGCUGUACGUGUGCUCGUACCUGGGAGUGUUGGACAUACUCUCAGGCAUUCCCAUCUUCGGCACUGGCCUCAACAGCAGGAGUGCAGGUGCCAUGUUUCAAGUCGUCUACUUCUUGCAGAUGCUCAAGCCCUUCACUCGUCUGCAGCAGCUGGGUGUCGACAUCACAUCCAUAACGCAGGAGGUCAUCAACCUCAUCGUCUACCUCACUUCAUUAAUAUUCACGGCAGCGGGCAUCUUCCUGUGGGUGACCUACCAGAAUGAGGAGGUGAAGGCGACGGGGAGCUGUGAGCCCGUCAACUGCCUCGACUAUGCCAUGUCGCUCUACUUCGUUGUUGUCACGAUAUCAACGGUGGGUUAUGGCGACAUCUUGGCAACCAACGCAGCGGGGCGAGCGGUGGUGAUAUGCAUCAUAGUGGCGGCUCUUAUCAUCCUGCCCGUGCAGCUCAGCAACAUCUCCAACCUGCUUGCUCACAGGCCAUAUGGGGGAAGGUUCUCAGCAGCUUCCGCCACAGGCAUGCGCUUUGUGGUGCUGACGGGGCAGCUCUCUCUGCUCUCCAUCCAGCAGUUCCUCGCUGAGCUCUACCACCCGUUACAUGACAAAGCUUUGAGCUGCGCUCGCUCAUUGCAGAGUACCACGGUGCACUUUGAGCUGCGCUCGCUCAUUGCAGAGUACCACGGUGCAGUGCGGUUCAUCCAGGGCUCGCCCAUGGCGCUCUACGACCUGCACCGCGUGCAGAUCGCCCUCGCCUCCGCCGUCUUCAUCGUCCUGCAGCCUUUUCAGUCCUCUCGUGCGCUGGACAACGGUCAGAUCGCCCAGGCCCUUGCUAUGAACCGCUACGCGGGGCCGCUGUCACGCCUGGUGGUGGAGAUGGGAGACCCUCAGGGCCCUACGCUGCCUGUGUGGGACUCUGCCACCCAACGCAUGCAAGUGCUUUGCCAUGAGAGCCUGCGGUUCAAAGUGCUGGGGUCAAGCUGCUUCAUGCCCGGCCUGUCCACCUUCCUCACCAACCUCCUGCGCUCCCCACUCCUCCUCGACUCCCCCGGCCACAAGGCGUGGCUGCCCGAGUACCACUCCGGAGCCAUGCACUCCAUCUACCCCGUGCUGCUGCCCGCCGCCUUCUACGGGCUGCCCUUCGAAGAGGUCGCUGAGUUUGUGUACAGGUGCUUUCAUGUGUGCCUCUUUGCUCUGGAUGUGCUGGUAGAGCCGUGUGAGAGGCAUGGGGGGACGGGGGGGAGGGAGGGCGAGGGGGGUGGCUCACGGUCUUACAGUGGAGGGAGUGUAGGGCAGCAUACGUGCGAGCGGUGCGUGCAGGUUGCAGACGAGGAGGAGCAUGGGUGCCCUGCGGCAGUGUCAGUAUCGGUGGCAGCAACAGCUGAGGCGUGUUUGUCGUUUGAGUCUGCUCGAGAGGGCUCACCGUUGGCUGGGAGAAGUGACGCGAGUGAGGUGUUCGAGUGUGCUCAAGAGGGCUCACCAUUGGCAGCGGGAAGUGAGGGGAGUGAGACGUUUGAGUCUGCUCAUGGCUCACCAUUCACAGCAGAAAUGCAGGCACACGCAACACAGGCAGCAUUGGCAGCAUCGGCAGCACCGGCAGCACCGGUGGCACCGCCAGCACAGGCAGCACAGGCAGCACCGGCAGCAGCACAGGCAGCACCAGUCCUCUGCACCAAAGCCGCCAAGAGGGCCGAAGCAGCGUUCCACACCCACCGCAACGCCGGGGGCGGAUGCAGCUGCAGCAGCAGCACCGGCAGCACCGACAGCACCAGCGGAAGCAGCAGCUGCAGCAGCAGCACCGGCAGCAACAGCAGCAGCAGCGGAAGCAGCAGCCCCGGACUUCUAUGUGGGAAGGAAGGCCAGCCGGCUGUCCCGGCCUCUCACGAGCGCCCUCCCCCACUUGCGCCGCCUCCUCUCCCGCCCCCAUGAGGAGCUCUACCUCCUCCUCAACCCCUCCGCUGCUGCCGCAGCAGCAGGACCAGGACUAUCCGGAGCAGACUCGAAGCCGGCAGCAGGCAGCAGUACAGCCAGAGGCAGCACUUGGAGCACUGGCAGGGGCAUGCAGAGAAGCAUGGAGAAGCAGAUCCGGGAGGGACUUGGACUGCGGAAGAAGGGAGCGAGGCGAGCAGGGGGGGUGGGGCUGGAGUGCGGGUGCCAGCGGGGGGUGUUUCUGCUGCCCUCGCAGCACACCAUUCGGAGAUCUCUGGACGUGGGCCUUGUGAUCGCGCCCAGCCUUGAGGCUGCUGAGAGGGUGUCUGCCUUCAAAGGCUGCAUG